UCCAUUUAUGCAUGGUGCAUUACUGGGAUAGCUAGCCCAAGGAGAUUAUAAAACGAUGUGAGACAAUUUGAACAAAAUGGUGCGUUGAAUUAAGAGGCGCAUAUUUGAAGGUCAUGACUGUAUUGUAUGUACGAGAAGUACGAAAGUCUCGGCAUUUUAAUUGUGUCAUUUUUUCCCUUACGGUGUCGCCUUUCCUUACGCAGCGCCCUCUGAAGACUUGCACUUGGAUUGGAUUUUUUUUCAUCUCGCCAGGAUACUGAACUAGCGGGGAAGUGUCAGAGGCAAGCAAGUGAUCAGGGAGGAGCGAUGAGAAGCGUAGAGACAGACAGAUGCGGACAGUGUAAUUGAUGAGAGCCUUUGCUUUCAGUUUUGAGAUCAAAAGCAUUUAUUACCUUCUCGAUUAGACAGUAUUACAGAGAAAACUAAAAGGACAAACAGGUCUCCGGCAUCAUCGUCUUCCCUUCCGCUUCAUCCCCCUCCUCCUCGUCAACCUCUGGUUAAUAAAGUAAUGGAGAGAUGAACUGUGAUCGAAAUAAACUGUGGACAAAAUUGAACAGACAUGGCUGAUACCACUAGUUUCCGAGGCAUGGAGAGAGGCAGAGGCAGGACCCAAGCCGACUCCGGCCUGAGAAGCCUAUAUGCACAGCAGUAUCCUUACCCUGCAACGCAAGGCUUGGAAAUUCAGGAGCUGGCUUCUAAACGAGUGGACAUCCAAAAGAAGAGGUUUUAUCUGGACGUGAAGCAGAGCUCCAGGGGUCGUUUCCUGAAGAUUGCUGAAGUAUGGAUUGGCAGAGGCCGACAGGACAAUAUAAGAAAGAGCAAGCUGACACUCUCCAUGGCAAUGGCCCCUGAUCUAAGGUACUGUCUUGGAGAUUUCAUUGAAUAUUAUGCUCAUCUGGGACUACGAGGUGCCCAGGGGCAAAGGCUAGAGGAGCAUACUAACAAUCAGGGUCAUCAUCAGGAUACUAGGAGAAGACAUCACCCUGCCUCUUCACCUACAGGAUCUGCUGCAUCUGAAGAACAUGUCCAUAGGGUGCUAAAAAGUGAGUUUAUUGAGCGAGACAACCGAAAGUACUACUUGGACCUAAAAGAAAACCAGCGUGGGAGGUUUCUUCGGAUAAGACAGACUGUGAGUAGAGGUCACGGAACCAUGGGUUACUAUGGACAAGGCAUUGAGCAGACUAUUGUACUGCCAGCACAAGGGCUCAUUGAAUUCAGGGAUGCAUUGUCCCAGCUCAUUGAAGAUUAUGGGGAGGAUGACAGUGAAGAGCGUAACCGAAGUCGAAAUCAUGAAGAGUCUCCAGAGCUUCCCGACGGUGUCUCCUUCAGAGUGGAUAACAAAAGGUUUUACUUUGAUGUUGGCUCCAACCGAUAUGGGGUAUUCCUAAAGAUAAGUGAAGUGAGACAACCCUAUCGGAACACAAUCACUGUCCCUUUCAAAGCUUGGUCCAGAUUUGGUGACAACUUCAUUAGGUAUCAAGAAGAAAUGACAAGGAUCUUCAACUGUCACAAGGAGAAGAGGACAGACCCACGGGGAGACAGUGGGGAGGAGCAAGAUGAUUGACCAUAGACUAAGUGGUAAAGGCUAAUCCUUACAAAAAAGUUUAACAUAGUUUAUAUAUUGUUUUCUAUACUGUACCUCGGAAAUACUGUACUGUAUGACUCUAGUCAACUAGCACUUUGAAAUGAGUAACUGUUAUCCCUCAAUUUAUUACCUUGCACCGUGAACAUAGGGAGGAGAAAAGCAUGGGGUAAAGUAAAUGAACAAGUUGGUUUUAGCACAAACAUAUUAAUAUUCAUAAUAGCCUUCUGUAUAUCGUGGUACCAGUACUAGGAAUAGGUAUGAGUGUGAUCUUAAUGUAUAAUUUUCAUAAUCACAUAGAAUAGUCUCAGUUAUACUGAGAUCCUCUUUAAAAGCAGGGAGGUGAUGGUUGCUUUGCAUGUUGCUGUGGACUUUUUAUUGAUUUUUUUUUUUUGUCCACCCAUCAAUUUUAAGUAUGAUGACAUUCCCAGGGUCUAGAUUUUAGUCACCUCUGGUCUGAUGUCCAUAUAUCUUUUUCUCUCACUGAAUAUUAAAAAUGACUUAGUACUGACCAGUGCCCUGGUAAAAAAAAAGUCACAGAGCCUGAAUCUCUUUUUAUGUUUUUUAGGUCAUGUUUAUAGUUUAUGCUUUAGCAGGAGGGUUUAGUAUUUUUGUUUCUUAAAUAUAUUGAUUUUUUAAGAUCAUAGUUUUUAAAAUGUAGCUCUCUUGCUUAAAGAUUGGCUAGAGUUGCUGUCCUCCUUUUUUAUUCAAUAUGCUUGUGAUGUGAUGCUCACCUCCUCUUUUAUCUGUCCCUUUUCCAAAGUUUGUCUGUUUUGUAGACAUUCAUCAUAAAAGACAAAUCCUUGUGUUUUUAUUCAUUUAUAAUUUUAUCAGCAUACCAUCCACAACCAUUUUGUUAUAAUUAGAGUUACCAGAUGCAAAUGGCAUUGCAAUGUUCAUUGAAUGAAGGUACCAAUUCACAGUGACAAAUAUUGUAUUUAUGGAUAAUUGACAAUUAUGAGAUGUAAAGAAUUAAUUCAGACCCACUUCUGAAUUACACUUUAGUGGAAUUAUUCCAUUUGAAAUACUCAAUUACCAGUCUACAUCAUAAUUGUCAACAGUGUGAAUUAUAUUCAAUUGUAAUGAAAUGUAAAGGAAGAACUCUUAAGUUCUACAUCUAAGGUUUAAAUGUUAGAUUAUGUGAUAUUUUCUGCAGCGUCACACUGGUACAAAGGGAAAUGUCUGCCUUGUGCUGCAGUUAUGCACCUGUAUAGAAAAAAACGAUGCAUGGAAGGUUAUAGCUUGAAUAUCCCCUACUGGAUGACAUUAUAUAAAAGGGCAAAAUGAUCUGUCAUAUUUAUGCAGUUGUGCAAGAGUAAGAUGUAUUAGCAUUAUGGUUCCUUUCUCCCAUUUAAGUAGUUUGUAACUUGAAAAAAAAAAGAUUACAUGUUCAAAUGUUUUAUAUGUGACUUUUCUAACAUAUGUUAAGUUUUUACCAUUUUGAUAGAAUUUCAGAAUUAUUAAAUGCCACCUGUUUACUGAAAAGAAAAUAUACAAUCGAUGUGACAUUUACCUGAGUUUAAAAUGUAACCAAAAAUAGUAAUUAAGAUUUUAAAAACAAGAAAUGGUGCAAGAUGAAAAUUUGCCCUUCCUGGGUAUAUUAUGUACCUCAUGCAAUUCUGAGCAAGCUGUGAUGUUGUGAGUAGUGACCAGCAAUAGGAGGGGUUUCAGACUUAUUGCAGUGUCAGCACUAGAGUGAAAAGAAAAAAAAAAUUAAUUAUAAUUUAGGGCUUUAUUUACAUUAUACCUGGAAAUUAAAAUUAACAUUUAUAUUGUAAAAUACAGCAAGUUUUCAGCUCAGUGCUAUACACUAAAGUUACUGAACUACUGGCAUUUACCACCAUCACUAUCCAGUCGGCAAUCCAACUAUUUUGUUCUUACAUAUACAGUAUAGGAAGCGGUGAGAGUCUUGGACUACAAUUGAAGUCCAUGAUGUGCUUCUAAAGGUUUUCAGCAUUUAGAUGACUAUAAAAAAGAAAGUUAAAAUUCUUAUAAUUAAGUGAACUUAUUCUAGUUUCUUACUGUAUAUGGAGCACUUUAUGAAAUUACACAGUUGAAUUGAAUAUGAAAAAUUGUGCAUUAAGUUUGCAUAGGAAUCGCAAUUCAUGAGUAUGCUGCUACUCCCUUGCCAAGGAUAAAACUGAAAUUUCCGUUGUAUUUCUAACUCUUCUGUAAAUAAAGUAGAAGCAGAAGAACAUCUGUCAUAAAGUAGCUUGGUAACAGUGCUUCCUUGUAGUGACACUGUAACAAUUUGUGUUGUUGAUAAUGCACUCAAAGCAUUUGUUAUAAAAUAAGGCUAUAACUGAAUGGUUUUAAACUAAAGUAUGAAAACAGGAGAGGAAAUUCCAGUAUUUCCUUGGCUUGGUUGCUCGAUCUUUAAUGCACAUACAGAUAAUCAUUUUUAAAUCUACUUGAAUUUACUUUUUAAUAGCACUUUAAAUUACUGAAUUCAAUUGGUGAACAUCAGAAAGUGAAUUUUUAGCUUUGUAGAUAUAAUUAAAAUACAUAUGUAAAAACAUCAAGAUUGCAUUUCUUUGGAAAUGUUUCUACAUGAAGAGGAUAUAUUAUCGUUUUGGUUUUAUUUAAAUAUGUCUAACUUAAAAUACUAUCUAAAAUAGUUAAGCUUCUACCUAAGAAGUAUUUAAUGUUAUGAAAAAUAUUAGCUAAAAUGAGAAAUCUGUGUUUUAUGGCAAGGAUGGUUUACUCUAGAGGGUAUCAAUGCCUUAAAACUGAUUAUUGUAAAGGUGCUUAUUUCCUGGAUAGUGAAGAGUGAUUAAACCCUUUAGACUGUGAUUUCAAAGAUUAUUAUCUUUAAUAAGCACAAUUAAUCACUUCAUUCUGAGUUUAUGUUUAUUUUACUUUCUAUAUAGAUACCACAGUAUACAGGGAAAAUAUUGACAAGGUCAAAAUUUUGGCUGCAAAUUUUCCAUGGAUUUUCAUGUUUUACACAAGUUUGACAAAAUUUGACCCCUUUUGGAAUGAAAUCUGUCAGUUUAUGUCGGUGUCAAGAGUCUGUGGACCCAACAAUUCAAAUGAAAUUUGGCACCAUUAUUAUCAUUGUAAAAUGUUAAGAUGCCCAUUGUUUUCUUUUAGCAGAAUUGCUCCAGUACAUUUUACUAUACCAAGGUAACUGCAUACACUCAUUAUGUUCUCUAUAUAAUGUAUAUAUGAUAUAUAGGGAAAGUAAUGAGACUUGGUCAAAAUGUGGACUUUUUGGCAGAUUUACACAUCCUUGAGUACAAUGUAACCACCUUAGGAGUGAUGUCUGAGCAUGUCUGUGGAUGUCAUUUUUUGUUUUUUGCUAAAAUGUUUGUGUAAUAUUCAAUUACUGAAAUCGCUUUAUGUUUGAAAUUAAUAUGCAGGCCUAUUCAUAUUUACAAAGUUACACUGUUAUAAAACUAUAAUAAUGUUAGAAAUAGAUAUUACAAUGUUUACUUCACAAUAAUAGAAUUUAGUUUGUUUAGAUUAGUUCAACAAGGUUGUCCUUGAUUUAUAUAAUGAAAAAAAUCAGUAUUGUAAUAGUUAGAAAGAACGUAUAGAAGAACAAUGUACCACUUUUAGAAUAUUUCAAUUUAAAUUCUGGUUAACUUUAUAUAUUAUCUGAAUAAUCAAAAAUGUCUGCAGAACACUUUCAUUUUCUUUACACUUUGCUGUCUGGAAAUGCACCUUUAAAUAUUGACAGUUUAAAAAAAAAAAAAGAAACAAGUAGCUAUAUUUCAAAAAGGUUUCCUAAAAUACUUCAUUUAUAUGAAGAGGUCUCCUAAAAAAUACCAUACAGUAAACAACAUGGAUUUGACUAAUUCACAGUUUCCACAUGCUGUUUUUUUUUUUCUGUGGGCACUUUAUCAGCCCUUGUCUUUUAAAUACUGUAUACAGUAUGCUUUGCAUGAGUUGCAAACUUAAAGACACUUUUCUUAUAUGUUUUGAUUAUAGUCUGUUAGAAUUAAAGAGCAAAUCUGCUUUCUGUGCAUCAAUAUAUACUAAGAAUGGAAACUCCAAAGACAUUAAAAUACCCUGUGAAUUAUUUAGGGUUCAGCAGUCUAAAUACACAACAUUCAUUUUCACAAGCUGCUUUGAUUCACUUUCGUAGCAUUGAGGACCAGAAACUAUGCAGGACAUCAUAGGCCGAUAGCCUGACAAUGCACCAGAUGGAAGAGCAGUCUGUGGUAGAGCACACUUUUUCCUAGGCCACUUUAAUAUCUUGGAUCUGCCAGCUCUGCGUUAUCAAAUAUGAGUAGGAAAUUGAAACACACUGAUAAUAAGCAUGACAUGUAAACUCCACACAGGACACCCACAUAAUCAAACUCAAGACCAAAGGAUUGUGCCCCAGUGAGUGUGCAGUGCCAUUCUGUUGGUAGCUUCAUUAUAUACAAUAGCUUUGAGUUUACUGUUGAUUUGAAAAAGAGUGAUUUACAUAAAGAGUGAAAGUGUGAAAGCUUUCUAUACAAAUACUGAUUAUUUUGUCAUAUUGUUUUUGUUGAAAUACUUUUUUGUGUGAAAAACAAAGUUGACCCUUCUGUAGUCUUUUCUGUACAUGGGGAAAGGAGAAUUUUAGAUUUAUGUUAUAAGCCAGAAAAGUGGCGUGUUUGGUUUUGUAGCUACCCAGCACAAGAAUAUUUUUAAGACAAGUUUCCUUUAAUUAUCAAUUGCAUUAAGUACCAAUUUUCUGUCACUGAAGGCGGCAAGUUCCCAUUCAAGUAUGCACGAGUUUAACUUAACCAAACUGGACAAAUAAUUAUGCUAUUUGAUAUUUUUUUGAGAGUCUACUAAAGCCGAUUUAAAACUUAAAUCAACUGAAUCAUAACUUACUCAUUGAAUAAUUGCCUGGCUGAAUAAGUAAUUACAUUCACUCACAACAUCUACCUGAGUUUGAGAGCUACAUGAUACAAGUUACGUAAUUAAGAAUUAAAAUGGGUUACUGCUUCAGCAAAUGUCCAAAUAUUAUUUUAUACAGCAUCAUUCUGUACCACAACUAGGUGCUUUAUAUGCUUGUUAUAAUACAAUUAAUGAUAUUUUUAGACUGGAUUCUAUGUGUUACUAAUAACUAGAAAAUCAUCUUACUUGUGCACUAAAUGAAAUCUUAAUUAGUGGUAAGUCAGAUGAGUUUCAAAUAGCAAAACAUCUUGUUUACAUUAAACUAAAUCCUUAAAGAAUAAAAUACAGUAAUAAAGUGAGACCUAAAUGACAGAUUAUAGGAAGCAUUUUUAUAUCCAAAAAAAUGUAAGGGAUUAAUUGUAGAAUGACUGGGAAUUUUAAUAAAAUAUGAAACUCUUUUGAAUCUGUCAUUUUUGUUUUGAUAAGAAUUACUUGUGAACAUUUUGAAAUCACUUCAGUUUUAUUUUUGUCCGGCAACUCCUGACUCCCCAGUACACGAAAAGCCCCACGUAUGACAUUACCAUUCCACUCAUGUGGAUGUCUUGUCUUGUAAGACUUCAAGCUUUUUUGGGAUUUAUGACAAUUUUGAACAAUAUUUUGGGCAGGAAAUUACGCCCUUAUGAUAAACAGUAAACCAAUAGAAGUGUUCCGCAAAAAUCAUCAGAAAGACCUGAAGUUGCAUGCCAAAUCCACCGACCCCAAGGUGUUCACACCUAAUGGGACACUAAACUUUUCACUAAACUCGAAAAAAAUUGGAAUCGGUAAUAUAGGCACAUGGUGUGUUGUUUUAUGCUAUUUCAAAGAUGGUGAACAUGAAUAUGAUAAUAUUCUUGAUAUUUGCUUCUUAACUGGUGGUCCUAGCCCUCUAAGAGCCACUACCAGAAGGUUUAAAAUGGAAAAUUUCAAACAUAAGCAUGUGGGGUACCGUUUUAGGCUAUUUCAAGGUCAGAGAUUAUGAAUAUAAUGUUUUUUUUUUAAUUUUUGAUCCUUUAUUAGGGAUCUGGCCCUCUGUGGAACUCUAUCAGAGGAAGAAAAAUAACAAAUUUCUAUAACAAUCGAGAAUAUUUAAAUUGAAGCAUACUUUUUAAUAUUUCAAAGAUUUGAUGUAGCUAUUCUUAUUAUGUACUUCUACUUAAUGGAAUAAAUCAUUACAUUUUUUAUGAACCACCUAAAAUAAAGUAGCUUAUGCUAUUUCAGACUAUUUACAGUUUAUUUUUUUGCCUUUAUUUAAAAAUUGUACAGAAAUGAAACUAUACAGAACAGAUUUUCUCAAUGAGGCGGAUUCACAUCCUGUAUUCUGUUAUCCUGUCAAAAGUAAGAAAACUGUUGUAAAUUUGAAUUUCUCUUCACAUGCAUGGUACCACAUACAACAAAAAAAAUUGCAGCUCAAUUAUCUGACAAAUGCAUAUAUUUUGUAAAUGAAAAUCACACAUUUAACAGGUUAUUAUAUUUUUAAUUUGUAUAAUAGCCAGUUAUAAAUACUGAAGAUUUAUUUAUUAAGAUGUUGAUAUUGUAUGGAAAACAUUGCCAUAUUUUUCUUCCCAUAUAUAAAACUGAAGCAGCUGAAUGACCAUUACUUAUUUGGAAAAUCUGAAUAAUUGUUUGAAAGCAUGACAUAAAGGCAAUAGAUUAAUUUAAAACGUAAUAUAAAGCAUGCAAGUUAAUUUCUUCAAGAAAAGUUUUCUUUUAACUCAUUAAAUAAUAUUUUUUAAUUAGUUGAGAUUUAUAUUUUCUCAUAUUAACUCACUUAACAGUUCAUAACUGAUGUUAAUUCUGAAAAAAAGUUAUUAAUUUUUACAUAGAUUUAAAAUGCAGUGCUUUCUUUUUAAUUGUAUUCAAUAUUGUAAACAUUUAUAUUAAUCCUACAUCAUGGUUUUCUGAACAAGAACUCUGAGCUAAUUGUAGUGCAAUAUUUUAUUCAGCUUUCAAGAAGCAUUUAUAGAUCCAAAGCAACAAACUGCAGACAUAAUGUACCGAAAGACUGCAAAUAGCCUAUUUUGUUAUAAUAUGAAGUGUCAUUUAGCAACAUUUCAAAAAGUGACAAAGUAUAGUUUAACUCCUUCUAUUAUCACCAUAUCAUCUGUAGAUGUUGUAUGUGUUAUAUUUUAAUGUAAUUAUUUUUGAUAAUAUGAGAUUGAGUUUAAUGUUUAUUAAAUAGACAAUGCUUUAGUGUAUUGUUUGUAUGAACUGUGCCUGAGACACACAGAAGGCAGCUUUCUAUGGAUUGCUAACAACAGUCCACACAGAUGCAGUGAUCUGUUAGUUCAAAUACUCCAUGGAUGGAGUCUUUUCUUUCUGAAGUUUGCAUAUUCCCACCUUUUGGGUUUCCAGUCUCCUCUCAGUGUCUUAAUAAUAUAACUGUCAGGGUAUAUGCAUCUCUAAAUUGACCCUGUGUUAGUUAGUGUGUGUAUGUGAUUAUGUCCAAAGACUGAAGGGUAUUCUCUCCAGCAUUAAUUUCUGUUUGGAGAAAUUGUUGACUCUUAUGACCCAGAUAAAAAACUGAUACACACCAUACAAUAAGUAUGUAGUGUAUAAAUAAAAGUACAUUUAACACAUAAUAUUUUCUUUCAGAGGGGACCCACAAACUGAAUGCUAUAAUAGGGAAAUAAAUCAGUAUAAGAAAAGCUAGAAAGAAUAUUUGGAUUAUAUGAAAAUAACACUUCUUCAUUAUAUGAAAAUAGAACUACUUUAAAACAGUUUAGAUGAUUAUCUCUUGUAUACAAUAUUUUUUUUACUUAAUUUCACAAAAGAAAAUACUUGAGUCAUGAUUAACAUGUGGCUCUAACAGUAGUUAAGUGGAGUCUGAGCUUUGUAAGCCUUUAGAAAUUAGUGGAUAUCAACAACUUUUUGCUUGUUUUGUUCUGGAACUCUUCAAUGAUUUCUUUUGAUAUUGGCAUUAUGUGCUGGUUACAUAUUAGUGCUAGCAACUUGACUAAUGGUAGGGGUUAACAUAAGUUGAUUUGAGUACGAGGGGAAAUUACUUCAUAAUAUAGUGCCAGUUGGUGUUUAGAUAAUUUUGUUCACUAGAUGAAUGAAGUAAGAUUAGAAAAAUUAAAAUGAUUAUUCUUUGUUCACUCUUUAUCUAAUAUGAGAUUUUGUCCAAGGACUAGAAAACAUUGUGGAAAUUAGGAAGGUGGCAAAUAGUUCUUCAUGGUACCAUAGAAAAUAUGUUUCAGUUGACCAUGGACAUAAAACAAAUGGGUGAAGUAAAACUCUCAAAGCAAGUAAAGAAAAUGCCUUUACAUUGUUCCAGUGAAAAUCCAUCAUCAAUGCAAUAGGAUAUGUGUGGAAAGUCCUGAAACUCAUCUUACAACAACAGUUCUCAAUAUGGACAUAGGUAUAGUACAUAUAAUAGUAGCACUUACAUGUAGUUAAAAAAGAUGUACAAUAUUAAAAGCUAGCAAAAAUAUGAAUUUACCAGUUAUCAUAUUUCUAGAUGAUGAAGAAGCCCUAUCACUUUUCUUAACUCAUUACAUCUGAUGUAUAGUGUAUAUGUAGUUACUCAUUGUCCUGAUUUCAAACUAGUUCAUUGUACAUUGUUCAGCCUGUUUAAUCUAAUCUGGGAGCUCAGUGGGCAGGUGUCUAUUCUUGCAGCACUGGUUAAAAGGCAGGAAACAAAUCAGUUUAUGACAAGGCCCACUCAUAAACACACUAACUUAUGUUGGGAGCCAACUUAGAGUUGUCAGUUAAUUUCACUUGAUGUGUUUGGUGAUGUUGGAGGAAAUUUGGAGUACCUGGAAGAAAAACAUGGGAAGAAUAUACACACUCCUCACAGAAAACCGAGGACAAGAUUCAAACCCAAGUUAUGGAAUCCACGAGGCAGGAGUAUUAACCAUUAUAAGGCCUUUAACUCCUUCAAUUCCUUUCUAAAAAUAAAGCAACACCUACGCUUUAGCUUACAAUAUACUAAUACUGGUUCUGACAUAAAGAUAUUUACAAAUGCAUGGCAGUAAUAAAUUCAAAGUUUCACAAUCUUGCUAGGUACUGUAGCUGAAUUUUUCAUAUGAUCCUGAAUACAGUAUGUAAUUAAAAUAUGUUACUUUCCUGUGCAAGAAUGUAAAACAUAAUAUAUAGUUUUUACACACAACUGUUAUGAGAAAAUAAUUAUAGUUAUUUAUAACAUAACAUAUUACAUUACUGAAUUACUGUCUUGAGUUUAGCUACAGAGGUUUGCUCUCUUAAUCUUCACUCCUGCACUACACCCAAAUAUCGUUAAGCAAAAACAGCUUCAUUUUCUGUUUCCACUUUUUUGCUUUGUAAUCUCUUUAUCUGGUGAAGGUCACAGUGGUAACAAACUAAUUCUCAGCAGGAGUCCUCCUUUCCUUUUGGUGAACUCCAGGACAAGUAAGAGAUCAAAUUUGUUAAGGGUGCAUGAGUCUAUAUCAGUGUUUCCCAACCUCGGUCCUGCGGACCCCCUGUGGCUACAGAUUUUUGUUCUAACCAGAUUCCUAAUCAGUGACAACACCUGAUAGCACUGAUCUCACUUAAUUAGCUGGUAUUGUUUUUCUUUUAUUCUACAUUCAGAAAAGCACUGCAGCAUGAUUUUUACAUUUAUAAGACAUUUAGAAAUAUUUCUGCUUUUGCUAUAGAUUUAAAUGCUUAACUCUGUUUUGUUGAUUUCAUUAUAUUUUGCCCUUUCUCUGUGUAGUUUUUCCCCUUCGUUGUAUCUUAUUAAUGACAAUUAAAAAUGAGCAGAGCAGACACGCUGGCAAACAAAACGGAAUAAUCAAAGCCUGCUACUACUUUAGCAUUAGACCCGCUGAUUAGUAAAUAAUGGAUUAAUUAAACAAUUAGAAUACCUAGAAAAGUAGAAUGAAAAUCAAAAUGAAAAUAUUGUUAAAAAGAAAAAAAUACAUUAUUCCCAAAUAACUGCUUGGUAUAUUUUAAUAUAUAUAUCAUAUAGGAAUGGAAGGAUGCAUGGUUUUUACUUGAAUCUGUGAUGCCCUGUAAAAAGGAAAAAGAUUACAAAGUUCUAAGUCAAAGUUCUACUUUUUGUGUGCUUUAAAUGUUUAAAUAAUUGUGUUUUUCUGUUUUUCUCAUAAAGGUCCCGUGUUUAACUGUAAGGUUCUUCUUUGACUUUUUUAAAAUACAAAUUUUUGUUUUCAUUAAAAGCUUACAUUUUACAUUUGUAAAAGUGUUUUUAUCUAACUCACCUGCUGACUGUUAUAAAAACAGGACAGUUAUAUUAAUUCUUUCCCAUGCCAAGAGACAUAAUACACACUAUAUAAACUGAAUCAGAGCAGAAUCGACAGUUAUGUGAAUUGCUGCUUCCCUAAUAUAAUUGAAUGCAACUCCACAAAGAUAAGGUCAUUGAAAUGGUGGGCAUAGUGGUACAGUCAAUUUUAGAAAUAUAUUAAAUUACCAGCUCCUUUUCCUUAAAACUUUAUUAGAAAUGAAAGCAGAAUGUCAUUCAUGGUUGCAUGGCAGGCAUUCUAGCAAGUGUUACUAUCCAUAAUAAGAACUUCCGGGCAUAAAAUGUGUUUUGACAAUGUUCAUGCUUUUCUCAAAUUAAAUCAAAAUGUUUAUGCUUUUCUGGUUUUUCCUGAAAAAAAGACACAUUUUAAUUCUCUCUAUGGAUAUUGUAUAAAGACAAUAUUCCUAGAAUUUCCUAGCAAUAAAAGUAAAUGGUACCAUGUUUUCUGUUUUUUUGAAAAUUAGUCAGUCAUUCAUUGUCUAACCUGCUUACACCUGAACAGGGUCACGUGGGUCUGCUAGAGCCUAUCCCAGCUAGCACAGGGUGCAAGACAGGGAAAAAACCCUGGACAGUGCGUCAGUCCAUUGCAGAGUGAACGAACACAUACACACAAACAAACACUCCAGCCACACACUAUGGCCAAUUUUAGGAUCACCAUUUCACCUAACCUGCAUGUCUUUGGACUGUAGGAGGAAACCGGAGCACCCAGGGGGCAGACAGGGGGAGAACUUGCAAACUCCAUGUAGGGAGGACCUGGGAUAUGAACCCUGGUCUCCACCUGCCAGGUAGCACUGCUGUCACCGAUUUUGAAUACUAUAUAUGCAUAAACUCAUUAUGCCGAUGUAAAAUAUUAAGCCAUAAUUAAAAAUCCAAACACAAUAUUUAAAUAGGGUGUUAGGUUUGAAUCUGCCCGACUUGUUGUGCUCACAGAUUAAUAAGCUUAUAAUUGAUACUGUAGCAUAAUGCUGCAGGCGUUAUGUUUGGGGCAUCCCUAUAUUGUGUGUUUAUCAUAUUUAAAAAGAUUCAAAACUUUGUUCUGUGAAAAUAACUAAGAUAAGAGUGCCUGUUUAGGAAUGUGAGAUCAUUUUAUUAAAAUAUACUUGAGGCAAAGAUAAAGAAAAUAAGGUUUCUUUACAGUUAAUCAAUCUGGAUGACAAGCAAUGUUCAUAUGACCUUUAUUUCAGUUAUUUAGGCAACAGUUAAGCCCCAUAUCACUAAACAUCCAAUUUAGGAUAAAGUGCAAUGGCUAUUCGUAUACUUUCCCUAACAUCUUCAUUUCUAGAAAUAUAUUUGAUUUAAAAUGUUUCAGUUGCAUUUGUUCAGACUUUGUUUCUCAUUAGGACAAAACAAUCUCAAAUGGCCAGCCAGUUACAGUGCGCUAUGAAUUUACCGGGACAUUGCAUGGUAAAAAAAUGUUUGUUGUACAUAGGUAUUUCAGCAGUAUACGCAGUUUAGCUAUUCAGUUUAAUUUGCAUUUCUUGAGUAUAUAUUAUUUUCCCUACUAUAACACAAAGUAUAUUUUCUAAUAAAUACAUGCCAUGGAAAUAAGCCCUUUAAUUAUGUAAAUUGGACUGCUUGUUAAAGCUUUUCUGUAUCUAAUCAUUUUUUGUGCAUUUCUAAGAGGAUAGUCAACAUCUUCUCAUUUUUUUUCUUUUACAAUAUAUAGGAAAUAGCUAAAUUUGUGUUGAGCAGCUGUUGUUGCUAAUGCAUUUGCUGUACUGUUUUGUCUGUGUUUAGUUUUUUGAAGCAUAUGAUGUCUAAUGUUACUGGCUGCCUUUUAUUAGAGAAUGCAAUUGAAUUUAUAAGUAAUAUGUGUUUGAAAUGUAAGGAACAGUGAAAAUAAUUACCUAUUAUUGUACUUGAUGUGCGUAAUGGUUAAAAUUAUAAGCGUAUAUAUUUGCUUUAUCGAUUGAAAUGUUCUGAAAGAAAAUCAAAACAAAACUCAUUUUCGUCAUGAUUACAAUAUCAGUGUAAGAAUAUUACUCACAGUGCCACUAAGCAGGCCUUGAACUGGGUUUUAGUGGGUAAUUUAUAUAGUUACCAAUCAUAUGAACGUAAACUGGAACAGAAUGAGCAUGCAUCAGCUAGAAUUUUGCCAAACAUUACCGUUAGAUAACUGAGAGAGUUCCCAGCUCCAGGUUUUAAUGAAAAAUUGUUUUGCGUUACUAGAACUUGUGAGUUUCAUCUGCAGUGAACUACUGAUAAAGCAACAUGAUUUGGCAGAACAUACUGUAAUAUAUCUGUCACUAGCUAGAAAUAUAGUUUUUGAAAGCUUGUUUGAAGAAGAGUGUCUCAUGGAGACUGAUCAAAGAAUUUUUCAAGGCUCAUAAAGUAAAAACAUAAUGGUAUGGUUAUCAAAAUGAGGGGAGGCAACUGCCUGACAUAUGAAGGUCUUUUACAUUUAUAUCCUCCUGAAGGCUUGCAGGUUUUAGUUCAUACUGUGCUACCCUUUAUCUUACAUUUUGAAACAAUAUCUGUCAAGUGCUGUUUUUAUUUCCUUAGGAUACAAGUAACACUACUUAUUUUUGUAAGCCAAGUAGGUAUUACGUGAAAGGGAUCAUAAAUAAUUUUCAAAGAGACCAUUCAGCUGGAAACUUUAGGAAUAAUGGGUCAAUUACUUCCCAGUACACUACUUUUAUGUUACCAGUGACUGUCUGCUGAAACUAAGAGUACUUAUUUUGCUUCUCUAAUAGCAAAUGGUGCACUAGUAUUUCUAAUUUAUUGGACCUAUUAAACUUAUUUUGCUAAAAUGAAAUAACAUUUAUUAACAUUUACAGCAUACAGGUAUACAUUACUCAUCACAUUUAAUGUACAGUUCAGCCAAACCCUAGGAUACAGAAAAACCUUAUCCUGAUCCCAGCAUAGUUAGUGAUAGCUAAUGACUGCAAAACAUUUGGCAAGUUCAAAGCUGAUGAAGUUCAGUCUUCAUUUUUCAUUCCUAUCCUCUUUACAUGAUUGAGAAAAAAUAAAGAAAGCAUAUAGUUAACCUAAGAUAUGGGUAUGGAAGUGAUCUGAUUUUUUUUUCCUUUUUGGUUGUUUUGUUUUUUGCAUUGCAUUUAUCAUGGCUUAGCUGGUUUUUAGACCUUUUAAUGUUUAAUAAUGAAUAAAGGUGAUAGACUUAAAUAAAAGAAAAUGUUUUGGUGUAUCUUGGGAUAAAUGAUUGUGUAGCUUGUUCUCUUAUAAUCAUUUAGAAAGUGACCAAGUAAAAUAAGAAAGAUGUUCUGUGAGCUAGCACUUUCUUUAACGUGUGUACUGUAUUUGUUCAUGUUUUACAUGUAUGGUACUGUAUUAAUCUUCAUUAACUGCCUUGUUAUAUUUGUAAAAGAUUGCAAAAUCUAGGGUAAUUUAUUCCCUUAUACUACAUUUUUGAAUUAUGCAUGUCGACAGUUAGGUCCAAACAAUCUUAAGUGGUGCUACAUUCUCCAAUAUAAAGGUGCUUCUGUGGACUCUAACUGUAUGCAUGCAGGGGAAUUAAAAAAGAAAAGGAAAAAAAACACUUGAAACAGGACAUUUAAACCUCCAUUAAAAAUGUUUUUUUUCUCCAAAACACACUGACAAUCUAAUCAGAAGUAAAGAUUUUGUAAAGGUAUUGUCAAGCAAAUUUGUUUAAUUAAAAAAAGUUUCAUACAGGUAGAGCAACAACAUUGCCUGUGUAGAAUAAACAAUACAUGUUAAGUACAGUAAAAUAAGUCAAUAGCAACUUAUGUGUUGUGUGAAAUUACCAUUCAUUUCUCAGCAUAGUAAUUGACAGCACUUUGUUCCUGUUUGUUUUUCAAUAAAGGAUAUAAAGUAUCAAUAUAAA